UCACCUCUCUGGAGGCCCUGGAUAAUGACAGCCAGAGACAUGGACAGGCAGAGAUGGAGAAGGCAAAACUCACAACUUCACAUGGAACCAACCAAUCAUGAGAGUGCAAGACAGACCAUACCUUCUUUAUUCACUCACCCAGUCAGAUUGAUGUGGCCCAGGAGGAAAUGCUUUGACUAUCUGUACAGUGAAGCGCAGGAACUUUUAUCAGCGUUCCCUGUACAAGCCUCAAUCAGCUUUUAUAUGGAAUCAGACAGUGAGGAUGAAGAUGAGGAAUUUGAUGAGGAAGAUGAAUUAGAAGAAGAAGCAGCCAAGGAGGAGACCGUGUUAGAGAAAAUAACAGCAGAAAGUCAACAGUUGUAACUGAUGAUGGACUAAGACAA